AUGUUCCGUACAUUUCCCUGGGUUGAUUUAUGCAAAGCAUAUUUGAUAGAGGCAAAGUGGUAUUACAACAAUUAUAAAACAACGCUUGAGGAGUACCUAAACAAUGGAGUUACUUCAGUAGGAGGCAAAGCCCUUCUCACUCAUACAUUUUUCUCAUCCCCAUUAACUUUUCCAAAGGAAGCUUUAUAUUUCUUUUCACAGCAUCCAAGUCUCUUAGAUUGGUCAUCGGUUAUUUUUCGACUUGCCGACGAUCUCGGUACUUCAAAGGAUGAAUUAGAGAGGGGUGAUGUGCUGAAAUCAAUGGAGUGUUACAUGCAUGAAACCGGCGCUUCUGAGGAUGUGGCCCGUGAACAUAUAUGGAAUAUGAUUGAUGAAACAUGGAAGAAGAUAAAUAAGGAAUUAAUGAGUAAUGAUUUUCUUCUUCUUCCCCAGGGUUUUAUUAGAGCAACUGUAAAUCUUAUUCGAACGACACAGAGCAUAUAUCAAUAUGGAGAUGGCCAUGGUAGAACCGACGAUGAGACCAAGAAUCGAGUCACAUUGUUGCUGUUUGAACCAAUUCCAUUGGUGGAAGCUUAA